UUACCAAUUCUUCCAUUCAUAUGAUUCAAAUGGACUGUCUUCAAUCCCAAUCCAAACCCACUUUCAAAUUCAACCAUCUUCCACCCUCCUUUUCCGAUGACUUUUUGCCCCUCAAUGCCGACGAUUUCUUCGUUGAUGGCUUACUGGACUUCUCUACAGACGCUGCUUUUGUCCAAGACGACGAUAAUUCCCAACUUCUAAAACACCCAGAUGAUACCAACAACCAAAAACCCUCCUCUGUUUCUCCGAUCAAAACAGACAACCACGACAGAACCACCGUCCCGGAGACGGAACUCUGUUUGCCGGUGGAUGAUGUGGCUGACCUUGAAUGGGUGUCGCAAUUCGUUGACGACUCAUUUUCCGGCGGAUACUUGUUAACAUGCGCGGAGGGGAAGUUACCGGAGAGGAAACUGGAGACAGAAACGGUGACUCUUGUUGCUGUAAACCCUUCUUUUAAGAGCAUGGUUUAUAAAAAAGCGAGAAGUAAGCGGAGUCGUACCGGCGGCCGUGUUUGGUCACUCCGGUCGUCGACGCCGUUGACGGAUUCUUCAGCUUCGUCUUCUUCCUCCUCGUCUUGUACUUCAAAACCUCUGCUAGCCUUAGAAGAAAUUUUGGGGAAAGCGCCGGUGAAGAGGCAGAAGAAGAAAAAACCGGCGGCGAUGGUUGAGACGACGGGUUCCGGCCAGCCGCAGCCUCGGCGUUGCAGCCAUUGCCUGGUUCAGAAAACCCCACAGUGGCGAGCCGGUCCACUAGGUGCCAAAACACUGUGUAACGCAUGUGGAGUUCGGUAUAAGUCGGGUCGGCUCUUACCAGAAUACCGACCUGCUUGUAGCCCCACAUUUUCCAGUGAAGUUCACUCUAACAAUCACCGGAAAGUUCUGGAAAUGCGGCGGAAGAAGGAAGAGGCAGUGGACGGCGGUGUAUCUCUUCCGGUUCAGAGUUCUUGAAGUGUUGUGAACCGGGUUUUGAAGUGAACCGGGUGAUGUAGGUUUAUGUAGGCAGUUUCAAUCGAGUAGGAGAGAGUCUUUAGUGUAUGCUAGUUUGAUGAAAUUGUUACUUCUACUUUGUC